AUGAUAUUGAGGAGUGUAGCAGCGCGCAGUGCGCCCCGGGCACUCGCACGACACGCCCGACAGUCGUCCCGCCCGCUGCAGCGAUUUCUCUCCACCGAGACCGACUCGAUUGAAGCCUCGACCGAAAACAGCCUGAAGCAGCUGCAGUCGAUAGAGGCCCAGCUCAACACCCACCUCCAGCAGCCGGUGCCCUCUGUCGACCCCGAGACCCAUGCAACCUCGGAAUCUGCCUCCGACAAUGUCGCCCAGCAGUACCACCUGUACAAGCAGCAGUCCAAGCAGAUGGGGAAGCUAGGAACCCAUAUUGAGCCUCACUACCAACCGCACACCCUCCUGAACCAUCCACCUUCCCCCGCCGACGUUACCUUGGAGUUGCUCCUCGCCUCCGAGGCCCACCAAGGCCAUGUCACUUCUCUCUGGAACCCCGCAAAUGCACGCUACAUUCACGGUAUACGACAAGGUGUCCACAUCAUAUCCCUUGAAGUCACCGCAGCCCACCUGCGCCGAGCCGCCAAAGUGGUACAGGAAGUUGCGCGGCGCGGAGGUAUGAUCCUAUUCGUUGGUACACGCGACGGGCAAGAUAGGGCAGUCGCCCGCGCAGCCGAGCUAGCCAAGGGAUAUCAUCUAUUCGAGCGCUGGAUCCCCGGAAGCAUCACCAACGGCCAGCAGAUCUUGGGCAGAUGCAAAACAAAGGUAGUCAACGAGCUAGACGAGGAAGUCCCAGGCUUCGAAGAACAGCUCUACGACCGACCCGUCCUCCGACCAGAUCUCGUAGUCUGUAUGAACCCGCUUGAGAACUAUGUCUUGCUGCACGAGUGUGCGCUGAACAACAUCCCCACAAUUGGUGUCAUUGAUACCAACGCAGAUCCUACCUGGGUCACCUAUCCUAUUCCCGCAAACGAUGACAGUCUCCGCUGCAUACAGGUCAUCGCUGGCGUCUUAGGUCGCGCCGGAGAAACAGGCCAAAAGCAACGUCUCGCUGCCGCCGCUCAAGGCAACAUCACUUACCAGCCAGCACAGGGCCUCAUCAUGGCUGAUGGCGACAAAGACGGAGACAAGACAGACGCCGGGAAGAUACUAUCCGGAUCCACAUCGCGAAUGGGCGAAGGGGUCCCUAGAGAGCGAGUUGAUGAAACUACCGAGACGAUAGACACCGGUCUUGGAAACGCGGAAGAAAUGGCUAACAAGAGGGAUGAAGUGAGCAAUCACGAGAGUCAUCGAACGAAAGGAGGCAGGGAUAUCAAAGCCAUUUCAUAG